AUGGCCGUGCAUAUGAGCACCGUCAUCUCGCGCGAGCUAGGCCACAUCACCGAGUACCUCUCGAAACUACAGCCGAUUCUCUCUCAACACCCUCUCUUAUACACUAUCUCUGUGUCCCAGAACACUCGCAGCUCUGAUCUCUCCACACUCGUCACGUCACUAAAAGGUCUUUCGCGCGGCUCGGUUGGAUGCCUCUCUGCCGCAAUACCCUCUGCGGGCCCCCCUUCCUGGCGACAACACACUUCGGUAUCUCUUGCGGCUUUUGACGAAAAAUGUGCCACAAUAUUUCGCAGCACUAUCCCAGGGCGGAAGGCCACUCAAGUCGGUCGGUGGCAUGCCAUGCAUAAGGACGUCCAGCCAGACCCUGACGAGCCUGCCCACGACACGGAUGGCAUGCCAAACUGGGACACCGCGCUGUCACAAGCAUACGACGGGCAGGCUCUUCCCGCUGAACUCGAGUCGUUGCGCGCCGAUGACGUGCACAGCAUCCUAUACUUUAGCGACAACGCGCCAGAAGGCCUCACAAGCUCCCUGUCCAAGUUCGGUUCCGCAACAAAACUAGGGCUGAUCGGCACUUCGACACCCUUCGUGACGGGGAGGCCAUACACGCUCUUCCACAACGACAGGAUACACUCCGAUGGGGCCGUCGGCGUUUGCCUCUCUUCAGGCACGCGGCCCACUACCUACAGCGUAUUCCCCGGACUCGAGGCAAUUACACGCCCGAUGAUUGUGACCAGCUCCGAAGGAAACUUGGUCAACUCGCUCGACAACGCAAACCCGUCCGGGCUGCUCCUACACGCCCUCAAGAACCACCCGGCGGUCGCUGGAACCGCGCAGGGCAUCUCGCCAGAGCUACGUCUGUACAUUGGGACACUGCAGCAGAAAGCGGGCGGACACGAGCUGGUUAGGCUUUCCUACAUCAUGUCUGGGGACCCGUCGCGGGGGUCCAUUGCGCUCGACACCGACGCGGCGCCUGCAGAGGGCGCUCUUGUGCAGAUGUUCCUCCUUCCUCCGUCGGCGUCUCCGGACGUCCUGGGCGAGGUUCAAAAAUACAGCGGGACCACAGGGCCUCGCCUCGCUUUCGCCUCGACAUCGCUCGACGAAGCGGAAGCGCGUUCUCUCUCGGAGGAGAUUGAGGACAAUGGGGCCACCGUUCUCGAGGAUACAUUCCUCGCGGCGUCGGAAAACGGCUGCAUCGUCAGUCGAUCCGCAGAGGGAGAGAGCGAGCGCCCGUGGAAAUGCGCCGUCCCUGGAGCGACGAUGGGUCUGCAGUGGGCUGCGUAGAGGAUACAUAUCGCUUUGUUUUAUUGUAACACAGUAAUAACACCCGGCCACCGCUCAUCACAAUCACGUUUUCA